AAGAAACAGAAGAACAGCUUGACCUAUUACAGAACCAUGGUUCGACUAACAAUGGACCUAAUUGCUAAAAAUGCUGGUCACAAGAACCGUAGUGAAGAGGAUUUUGGACAAUAUGUACAAAAAUUAACUCAUCUGAAUUUAUCAGAUAAAAAUAUAGAUUCAAUUGGUGACCUCUCUUUCUGUAAAAAUCUGAGAGUUCUGUAUUUAUAUGAUAACCAAAUCAACCAAAUCCAGAACUUGGACUUUGCUUCAAACAUAACGCACCUUUACCUUCAGAACAAUCAUAUUUCAAGUAUAGAAAAUCUCUCAUCGCUGAAAAAACUUGAAAAACUGUAUUUAGGAGGCAACUAUAUCACUGUAGUAGAGGGUUUAGAUAAAGUAGGAGAACUGAGGGAGCUACAUAUUGAAAGUCAACAUCUCCCUUCUGGUGAAAAGCUUCUCUUUGAUCCAGUAUCUCUUAACUCCCUGGCAAAAUCAUUGUCUGUAUUGAAUAUCAGCAAUAACAACAUUGAUGAAUUAGAAGAACUGGCAGUUUUGGAAAAUCUUUCUUAUCUAAAAGCAGUAGACAAUCGACUUAAACAUAUGAAGGAUUUGGAGGCUGUAUUAAAAAAAUGGACAAAGCUACGCAGAAUAGAUCUUACAGGAAACCCCAUCUGCCAAAAACCAAAGUACAAGGAUAGGAUUAUAGUACAGUCACUGACUUUAGAAUCCCUGGAUGGGAAAGAAAUUCAAGAAAUGGAAAGACGUUUCUUAAUAAAUUGGAAAGCCUCCAGAGCUGCCAGAAAAAAAAGCAAUGAAAGAAUGACUGAUGAACAGGCAGCCAAUGUAGAAUUUUCUGACUUUCAAACAUCUUAUUUCACAGUUCCUCUUCACCCCCGUCGCUCUGUGAAAGAAAAAAAAGAAAAAACAGAUUUUUUAGAUUUGGCUCACCAGCAGAAAGGUGAAAGAAAACCUCUGCCAAGAAUCCGUGAAAGAAGAAGUCAGAUAAAAACUCAGGUGCGUUUCUCAAACAACUUCCUUUUAGUUAUGUUGGUUAUUGCCUGUCUGAAAUAUUUUUUUAAAACCAUGUUAUAUUUAUUGUCUUUAUUUCUGUAAAACACAGGAUAAUAGACUUCAGUUUCUGGUUACAAAUCAGUGGACUAGCUAAGGGCAGUAACUUUAAUGUUACUAGUUUCUGUCAUAUGCAUUUAAUUGUAAUCAUUUUCCACAAAGGUAAAAUAAUGUUGAAGUUGAUUCUCAGAAGUUGAGGUGUGAGGACAAUUGAUGAAGGGUGAUGCUGUGGACAGAA